AUGGCUGCUUAUACCUUCUCCUCCAGCGACGGAAAGACCUACAAGCGUAAUCUUCAUGGUUUUGAAGCCCUUUGCAACUCUUACGCAUUGCAUGACUUUUUGUUGGCCCUCACCGGUUCUGCGGAGGUGCAGUUGAGAGAUGAAUCGGGAAUAGCUGUGUCCCAGGAUACCUUUGCUUCUUGCCUCCGUGCAGCUUGGAUACAGCUUCGACAUCGAAUUCCAGCGGUAGCACUUCGUACGGUGUACCAGUCUGAGGACGCAUCUUGGACGGCUUUAUACGAUGUACCCGCUGGUUCGGACGAUAUCGACACAUGGGUCGCUCAAACAUUGAUUUGGCGAGAGACAAAAAUUGACUGCCUCGAGCAUGACCUCGACGAAAAAUGGGAGUUCACGCGUGGUGAAUACCCUCUGAGGUUGAUAGCAUCUCCAGUGGAACUCUCAACGGGAAGAUACAUGCUAAGCUUUUCCGGUCCUCAUGGGAUGUUUGACGGUCGAAUGUCCAUGAUUUUACUCAACGAGUUGGUUGGCUCCUUGAAUGACCAGAUUUUCAAGACUAUGCCUGUGGACUUGGAAUCUAUUAAAUGGGGCGAAGAAACAGCUCGACUUGCGUCUGCUGGAUCUGUCCUGACAGGCUUAAAUAUGGACAGUGUCCCGGAACCUGCUUCAACUCAAACAGAGGAAUUCGUCCCAUUCUUACCCCCAUCUGUGGAGAACAAAGUUCGCACCCACGACGUUACAAUGCGACAUGUGGUAUUUGAUAACGCUCGGACGACUGCUCUGCGGGAGAAAUGUCGCGCACACCACACAACCAUUACGAUAGCUAUGGAUGCUAUAUUUGCAGUGGCACAUGUAGAAACGAUACUAGCCAACGCAGCUGUUGUUGGUGGAGCUCACUUUGACUCUACAGUCGAGGCCUACACCAAUGCAGUCCACUGGUUCAUGCCGCUAAGCUGUAAAGAUCAGCGUCCUACUUGGCCCUCAUCAUCUUCCAUCAACCAUCCUGAAGGAACGACUCUAUUCGGAACCGAUGGUUUUCCCUUGCAAGCAAAACUGGAAACCUUCCGCAAGGCUGUUGGCUUCUCAGUCGAUACAAAGACCUUCAAUUCUUGCGACCAGGAGUCUUUCUGGAGCUCAGUCAUACCACACAUGGCAGCCACUCAUGCAGCGCCUCAGAAAGAUCAUGCAGCCUACGUUCACAGGGAACGCGAAAAACAAGCCAUUUGCAAGAGCUUCAAUCCUUCAUUGAUGAUGGUCAAAUCUCCGAUUGGCUCUUCCAUUGGACACCUAGAGGGUCUAGGGCUCUUCACGAAAUACGCGCCGGGUUCAUCGAGCCCUACCCAAGUUCCACGAGUCCUUUUCCGUGCACAUGUCAGCGGCCCAACAAUGACCAAUCUUUACUGGCAGUACGAUGGUAAAUUGAAUUGCUCCUUGUUAGCCGCCGCGAAGUGGAACAGUCCUUCGGAAAUGGACAGGAUGGAAAAGACCUUGCGAAAAUGGUUCGAUAUCGCAAUCGGGGACAAAUCAGAAUAG